GUUGCUGCAGCUCAACUUCUGGUUUGAAACAUUGUGCAUAAGCUAGUUACCGCUUGCAGGUUUAUUUCAACGAGCUUCUCGGCCAAGUUUACCGUCGAAAAUGUCCCGGGGCUCAAGUGCGGGGUUUGACCGACACAUUACUAUCUUCUCUCCCGAAGGAAGGCUUUAUCAAGUCGAAUAUGCUUUCAAGGCUAUCAAUCAAGGUGGACUCACAUCAGUCGCCGUACGAGGGAAGGACUGUGCGGUUGUCGUUACACAGAAAAAAGUACCGGACAAGCUUCUGGAUUCCAACACAGUGACUCAUCUUUUCAGAAUAACAGAUAAUAUUGGAUGUGUAAUGUCUGGAAUGACAGCCGACAGCCGGUCCCAAGUUCAGCGAGCUCGCUACGAGGCGGCAAAUUGGCAGUACAAGUACGGCUACGAGAUCCCCGUGGACAUGCUGUGUAAGAGGAUCGCAGACAUCUCGCAAGUCUACACACAGAACGCUGAGAUGCGACCACUGGGCUGCUGUAUGAUUGUGAUAGGCAUAGACGAUGAGUGCGGGCCGCAGGUCUACAAAUGUGACCCGGCAGGCUACUACUGCGGCUUCAAAGCCACCGCCGCUGGGGUGAAGCAGACGGAAGCCACCAGUUUUCUGGAAAAGAAAGUGAAAAAGAAACUGGACUGGACCUUCGAACAAACUAUCGAGACGGCCAUCUCUUGUCUGUCAACUGUUCUCUCCAUUGACUUCAAGCCCUCUGAGCUUGAGGUCGCCGUGGUCACAACACAAGACCCCAAGUUCAGGAUUCUGACAGAGGCGGAAGUGGACACUCACCUGAUGUCCCUGGCAGAGCGGGACUGAGCAAGCAGAGACCGGUCACAUGUUGGAUUAAGUCACUUCUCACAUGGAGACUGGCGUUAUCCUUGUUUGCUGUACAUUUCCCCCACCGUUUAAUUCAAUGAUAAUUAAAAAAAAAAGUUUUGGAGUAAAAUAACUUUUUAUGUGUUUUUUUGUUGCAAGGGUUUUACAGCGUUUUAUGUACAAAGGUGCUUUUUAAAGCGCUGGGCAUGUAGUACAUCCUGUUUCAUCAGUAUUGCUGCUUUCAUGUGUCAAAUUUAGAAGCAGGAGGGGGCUGUGUAUGGGAACAUGAGCUGUGCACAACUCUGCUUCCUGUUGUAGCACCCAAUGCAGCAAAGUCACAUGACUCACAUGAAGCGCUGUAGAAUCUUUUUUUUACUACUUGCGCAGAUUUGACCUAAUUUUCUAAGGUUUUUUGCACCUUUACACUCAAUAGACACAUUUACACCAUCUAAUGAGAGUGCUUUAGCAAUAUAUUUAGGGCUGCAACUAACGGUUAUUUUCUUAGUUGAUUAACUGAAGCUUGUUUUGAUUAAUGAACUUUACCGUUAAGUAGGUAGGAAUAUCGUGUUUUUCCUAAAACACCAAAGAUAAUAGGUCUGCUUUCAUGGAUAACGAGGGAAAUGUAGAAAUAUUCACAUUUGAGUGGCUGAAACCAGAGUAUAUUUACUUGUUUAAACAAAAAAACGGUUAAUCAAAUAUCAAAAUAGUUGUUGAUUAAUUGGAUAAUCGAUUAAUCGUUGCAGCUCUGAAUAUGUUUAGCAUUUUGUUUGUACCAAGUGUACAGUGGGGUAAAACUGCACAGCUUCGUCAUAAAACGUUUUUAAUAGGUUAUAUUAACUUAUUUUGAUACUGAGGAAGUUCACUUCAAGCAAACUACAAUGGCGACGAUACAUUCUAUAAAAUUAAAUGAAUAUAUGUAUUUGUUGAUCACAACUAAGCAGGAUCAGUGUUUCCCACCAGACUGCAAGCUUGCCAAAAGUGAGUAAAAAAACAUGCAAAGAAAAUACGGUAAUUUGCUUAGAACUACAAAUAAACAUCCUCCUGAUGGUAUGCUUUUAGAUGGGGGACCCACUGCUCGUAGAGAAGAGCGAUACGUGCUUUCUGCAAAAGUCUCUUCACUAGAUUUGUCACUAGUCAAAAAAGAGCAUCUCAAAGUAUCGAAUUACUCACUGAAUAUAAUGACAAAGCCGCUAAGUUGACAACACCGACAUACCAGGUGAGUUAUGUGUUUAUGAGCUAGAGUGAAUAGGUAGCGCAUGUGAAUGAAUGUGUGGGGAAACUGAUUAUUUUCCAUCAUUAAUAACGCAGCUCUUGUAUCCAUUACGUCAUGUGCGCCUCAUGUCUCCAAUUCAAUAGUAAUAGUUUUUCUAUGGUGGUGUAUUUUGGGAAAUGGCAGCUCUGCGUUUCUGUCUGUGACCAAGGUUGUCGUCAUCCUCCCUUGAUCAGAAGUGAUAUCAUCAGUCAGUCAGUCAGGCAAUAUUCCUGAAUCAUGAAAUCAUUUGUCCUGCGCUCCACCUACCGCCGAACGACAGAGUGCAUCCAAUCCCCUCUCAGGUGUUCUCUCUCAAUCAACGAGUCAUCCUUGGAUCUUCUCUUGUCAUCUAGAAUUCUGUGCUCUCCGGAUUGUACAAAUGAGGAAGCAAGAAGAGAAUGUGGAAACCCCCGUGAAGUCCUGUGCACAACUAUACGGCCUUGCACAUGUUUACAAUCAUAGGCCUGGUGGUGUGUACACUGCUAUUAAACCGAAUUGCCCUCGGGUCUUCCGUGAGGUGCCGGUUAAAGCUUCAUAGUUGUUCUGGACAUUAGAAUACAUAAUGUCAUCUAAUGUCAAGAGGAAGAGGAUUUGGAUGUACGUUCCAUAAAAGGUUAAUGCUCGCUGUGAUUGAUAAAAAAAAAUCUUGAGCAUUUCCGCAGCAUUAUCUGUUAAUUCCUGGGUAGUCCGUUCCAAUGUAGGGCUGAUUGUUCAAUACAGUUUGGGACUUUUUACGCUGUGACUCACGCACUGGCUGACCUCGCCCAAUACGAGGAAAUCCCACAUGCUUCCAUAGAGUUUGAAUGGGACUGUUUUGGGCCCGUGUGUCUUUCACAACGCGGCUCGUAACUCUUGAGCACUGUCAGUUGAUGUGUCGUGACUAAUUGUGGUUGUGUUCCAGUAAAAACAAAUGCCUCACACAGACCAGUAAUUCAUACUCAAAGGCUUCUUUUUAUUAAUAUGCAUAUUAUUUUGUUGAUAGUGUUGAUUUAACAUAUUUACAGGUACAAAAAUAAUAUCUCUGUAUGUACACUUUACUACAUGAUUCACAUCCUUAUACGGUAUUACAGAGACAACUGUGGUUCAUGGUCUCGCGGUGUGUUCUGGACCAGACCAGACACUGUCUUCCUUCUUGUGCCCCCUUCCCGGGCCAGCACUGUGGUGACCUCCUGGGCAGGUGUUUGGGCCGUGGCUUGAUGACCCGGUAGCAGCUCUUUCAACACCACCAGUGGUUUAUUUUACUUCCCGAAUUUUAUGUCGUCGUACAACUGCGGAGGAGAAGAACGUUAAAAAGUGUCGAUAUUGUGAAAUCUGCGUCGACGCUUUGCGAAAACUGACCUCGUCCUCAGAGAGGUCCAGGUCCUCCAUAUCGCUGUCGUCCGAUUCGCUGUCGGGCAAGGCCCUCAGCUCCAGCGCAGUCUUCUCGUGUAGGUGGCGGCGUAUGUCGUCGUUUUGGCGGCCGUAGGUGAGGUGGUACGGCGUGAAACCGCCGUAGUUUAAGCAGUUUACGUCGGCGCCCAGGUCGAUAAGGCGACGGACCAGCGCUGGGUUUUGGACAUCCACAGCCAAAUGUAAUGCCGUCCUUCCGCUGCAUUGUUCCUUUAAGAAAAAAAUGAGUGUUAUUUCCUUCAGUUGCCACGUGCAUCACUCAUUUCUGCAGACUUGCGGGUGCCUACCUGUGCGUUGACGUCUGCGCCCAACCCAACAAGACUCUCCACUAAUGAAAUGUAGCCGUGGAUGGACGCCAGGUGAAGACAGUUAUGUCCUGGGAGGGCAACGCAAAAAAAAUUUAACAACUGUGCAUUUUUGGGUGACUUUGUCCGAACCUUUCUGAGCUUACCGCUGUAAUUGGGGAAGGAGAGCAUGGAGGUGAGAUGCCGAUGGCUGUUUUGGGUGAUGACCCCGAAGCAGGCGAGGGAGCCUUUCUUGCAGGCUAUGUGAAGCGCCGUGUUGCCGUUGUCGUCGGCCAGUCGUGGGUCACAGCCUGCCUUGAGGAGCCUUUCCACCAGCUGCGGCUGUUCGGUGAUCACGGCUAUGUGCAGAGCUGUCUGCAGGGACAUUUUUUGCCGUUAUUACCCGCAUUCAAUUCCAAAAGAUGUUUUUGUUAUACCUGUCUUUGGUGGUUCUGUACGUUGAGGAACGGGUGAUUGUGGGACAGUUGGAUCAUCUGCUGGGCUUGUUCGGUGCCUUCAUGAAUGACGGCCAAGUGCAGAAGCCUGUCAGACCGAGGGAGAAGUUAGUAAAACACGCACAGAGGAAGUCUCUCCAAGGAGCAACGCCUGUGCAAGAGGAGCGUUUCGCAAGAGUGGAGUUUUGCGGGUUGUUUCCACCAGUUGACAAGUCUGAUGCUUUAUCAGUUACUGGCGCUGGGCCAGGGACUUUCCUAUGCUCCGCCCAUACUGUGCACCGAGACGCACACUAACUUUAAAAGAUCUUUCAUGCAACCUCCUAUUUUCAUGCAUUUCGCUUUUGCAUUGUUCAAAAAACUCUCAGUAUGUGGCGUUUUUUGCACGAGUGCGCCCUUUUCAAGCCUUAUGCAAUUGAGCGGAUGUCCACAUUUAUUUUUAAAAAAAAUGCACUUACGUGUCACCGUCCUCGGUCACGACGCUUCUCCACGGCUCGUAUUCGUGUACGCGCUCCUCGCUGACGUGCACGGUCAAAUGCUCCAUGUAGCUGACCAGCUCGUCCUCUUUUAGGGAGUCCAGGCCGCUGUCAAAGCGCUCGUCCUGGCAGGGUACCAUUUUUCCCUGCUUGGCCUCCAUAUUGUUAUAAUCCGUAAGAUCGUGGUGAGAUACUCCGUGGACGUCCAUGUUGGCUGUUAGAAGACACGCACACACACACAUCCGAAGGUCAGUGGCGCAGAGGAGGCAGGCGCACUGGGUUUUUGUGCGCCUGGCUGGGAGGAGCCUCUGCGGGGAUUUCCAAUUGACUUAUCUAAAGACAGGAGCAGGGAAAUCACACACAGCAGGGCUGGGUUUUUGUGAGAAAAAAAUCCCCCCCCAUCCUCCACCCUUCAAAAGUCAACAUGAAAACUUGUAGUUUCCUUUUAGACACCCACAAGAGAUGUUUGUGAAUGGUGGCCAUUAGCGAGAGUGGGGCAUCCUUGAAGAGUUGAUCUUUGUUUGGGGAAAUUAUAGUGCAAUUUUCCAUAAAAUGACUUAUUUCCAUCCAUCCAUCUUCGAUGCCGCUUAUUUCAUUUGAGUCACGGGGGUAUGCUGGAGCCUGAAAUAUUUCCAGUUUUCAAUAUUAUAUAUAAAUUAUAUAUUAUAUAUAUAUGAAUCAAUAUAAAUUUGUAACCCAGAAAAUGAUCAUCUUGGGUGAAAACUGUAUCCCACUAUAGUGUUUUUGGGUGAGAAAAUGUGUUGGUUUACUUUUUAAUGCAGUGUCCUUUGCAGCGUGAUAACUCAUCUGUCAUAGUUUUCCACUGAGGAAAAAUACAAUUCAACAAAAAAAUGCAUCUGCAAUGUAAAGUAGAUUAUAGUAGAUUAUUCCAAAUGACAUUUUCCAUCCGUCCAGCAUUUUCUCCCUUGCCCUCCCUUGCUCGUUGAAUUUGACCACUUCACUCAUCGUGUUUUUUCAAAAAAUAUAUUAGUACAGCCUAUUGGUAAAAAAAAAAUAAUUCAGAUUUAAGCGUAUUUUUUGCCUAAAAGAAGGCAUAAAAACGUCUAAAUGAACUAAAAUACAAAUAUAAGGCAUUUAGAAGACGCAUUCAAAGACGUGAUGAUAUAGAAUAUUCUACACUUGUCACUUGGUGUCAGUAAUGUUACUGUAAUGUUGGAACAACAGGCUUUUAUUGCAGGUUUGCAUUUGAACCCCUCACGUCACUUCCUGUCCAUCCCCCUGUGAGUGUAAAGGUGACUAUAGGGGUGUUAUUUUAUGUCUGGAGGGCUCUAAUAAUGGUAAAAAAACAUUUAGAAGGCCGUAAACUGGUUUUCUAUGCUCUAACUACAAAAAUAUUCCCUUUAUUAAUAUUGAAUCCGAUUUUGCGGAAAUUCACUUAUCAUGGUCAGGUCUGGAACCAAUUAAUCGCGAUAAGCAAGGGGUUACUGUACAUUGUGACAGCUAAUGUUAGUAGCUAAACUUUGUCAAGUCACUAAAAUUAGCUGACAACAAACAUAACUAAUGCACAUACAGGAACUUCUUGGUUUGUCUUAGGAAGUCCAACCUCUGCUGGGCCUUUUUCCAUGCAGUGUCUCUGUGGGAGGACCACUUCAGGUCCCGAGAGACCUUCAAACCGGAAGGUGUCCACGUUAGACACGGUGCUGUUGAGAAUUGUGAGGGGGGAGUGCAGGGGGGUUUCUCCUAAAAUCCGCUGUCACCUCCGCAGUCUUGACCGUGUCCAGCUCCAGAUAGUUCUGACCAGACCAGAGGACCAGUUGCCCCCCCCCCACCUGGUGCAGUCAUUACUGUAGAUGCUGGUGCUGCCGGUGCUGUAUGUGAUAACCUUUAACCUUAUAGCUUUACAUUAUAAUAGCGAUGCAGACAGUCUGCAGACAGUGCAGGUGUACUCACUGAACUACCCACUCAGUGCAUGCAUGUUGUUAUUCUUUUAACAUCAGCCAAUAUUUAGGCAUCCAUAAGCAGUGUGCAUUAAAAAAACUGUAUUGUGAAACCAGAACAUCAUGUGCCGCAAGAGGAUGUUCUGGACUUGCCUGUCUUUGCAAAUGCUUAACACUGAAGGAAGCAGGAAAGUACUGUUUUGUUUUUUUGUUGUUGUUUUGCUUCUUUGCACUACUUGUGCUGGAAUUUUCAUGCUGAAUUAUCAGAAAGUUUCCAUGUGUUUUUUGGUUUUUUUUCCCCCCUCACAUUUUGUCACAUACUGUAUGUUCCAAGACGGAAAUAUGAUGUCGCACAACGGCCGCUAUGGCGUUACACCGGGACUUCACUUUGCGAAACGUUUAUUUCGAGCGACAUAGCAACAAGAGUUGCCACCUUUUUCGAGGGAGAUCACAUUGUGUGCAAGAGACACAAAUGGCGUCCAAACACACCCAAUGGGGUGUUGUGCGUCUUUGUCUGAGUGUGAGUCACAUGCCACUCAUACUGUAUGUGUGCACGCAACCUCCUCCUCGUAAUUCCAAGCAAUCUUUCAUCUCUGCCGAGUGGCACAACAAAGAAACCGAGGACAAACUGUCCUCGCGGAGUUCUCACAGUGAAAAUAUAUUGUACAAUACUUGGCGAGACAUUGACACCACACAGGAAACGCCGGGACUUCCACUUACAGCGUUGUAGAUUUUUUUGGUUUGCUGCAAAGACUGUGCAAGCAGGUACUUUUGCUUUGUGUUUAUCUGGUUGCUAUGGACACCGGCGCUGCCAGUCGAGUGUCAAGUGCAAUACUUGGCUUUCUGUGCGUCAGCGAAACACCGUAGUGUGUUGGUAGGGUUCACCUUCUGCUGAUGUCAUAACUCAUCAAGCUAACCGUUGGAAAAGGGGUGUUGUUGUUUUUUGAAUCUGAAAAAUAACACGAAGGUGUCAAGUAUGUAAAUACACUUGCAUGACCACAAAAAUAUGGAAAAUUAAAAACUUAGAUCGACAGAAUUUCUUGUUUGGUCUAGGGUAGCUAGGCUAGUCCCCCCCUCACCCAGUAGAGGUGCUUAUUUUACCUUGAUUUUUGGGAAAAUGUCCCUUAUUUUCACAUGCAAAUGUGGACAGGAAGUCGGACAGACGUACAGUGUUUGCACCCUUUCUGAUUUUUUUUCUUGCGUGUUUGUCACACUUAAAUGUUUCAGAUCAUCAAACAAAUUGAAAUGUUAGUCAAUGACAACACAAGAUGCAGUUUUUAAAUGAAACUUUAAAAAGCGAUUGCCCCCUAAAGCUAAUAACUGGUUGGGCCACCAUGAGCGGCAACAACCGCAAUCAAGGGUUUGCGAUUAGAGGAAUUUUGGCCCACUCAUCUUUGCAGCAUUGUUGUAAUUCAGCCACGUUGGAGGGUUUUCCAGCAUGAAGCGCCUUUUUAAGGUCAUGCCACAGCAUCUCAAUAUGAUUCAGUUCAGGUCUUUGACUAGGCCACUCCAAAGUCUUCAUUUUGUUUUUCUUCAGCCAUUCAGAGGUGGACUUGCUGGUGUGUUUUGGAUCAUUGGGCCUCAUUCACGAAACGUUCUUACGCACAAAUCUGUUCUUAAAGCCUUCUUACGAAGAUUUUUGGCAUUCAUGAAACGUGUUCUCAACUCACAGUUCUUAGAUCGAAGAACAAAUUCUACGAACGCUCAGGAGGACUCUUACGCACAAGCAAAGCUUGCACUUUCAAUGCGCAAUCGCCCUCAUGAUGGAUUUUGCAACCUGAUCCCAAACAAUGUAGUGCAAAUAAAAUAUCCCAACAAUUAUUUAUCAUCAAAACAACUAAAAUAUACUCCAUGGAUAAAUAUAUAUUCAAAUCCCAAUUCAUCAAAAAAAAAAAGGCUGGCUGGACGUGCACUGCGCAGAGAGAGAAUGUAAAGGGACCAUUAGAUUUAUUUGCUGAAAGCCACGAAUAUUUGAUGUCCCACUUCAGGCUUCCCUCUCUGUUCUUGCAGGUGUUCAGGAUCAUCAGAAUAACAUCGCAAUGAAACGCGGUGUGUCUAUUGCGCACGUAGCACCCCCAGAUAACGACAUGCGCCCCCAGCCACGUCUUGAGCCAGAGCACGGGGCUGCUGUAUUAAUUAGGCAGCGUCUAAUCAAAUGUAACCACAGAAAAAAUAAAUUGUCACACACAAACUAUGUAUUUUGACAUCAUGAUUGUGUAAAUAUUUUCUAGAGUUUCCGAAAUGGUUUGGUUUCUGAUUGAUGGCCCGCCUCCCGUUUCCUCCAGAUCCCUCCGGUGCAGUCCAAUCUUUUUUUGGACUCUAUUUUAAGUCAAAACACUUCUUUUUAACCUCUGCGGUGGCGCGUUUCUCCGUGGAAACGGCAUUUAUGUUUCCUGCAAUGGUGCUCCAUGCCGACUCUUUUUGGAUGGCCUGAUGACCGGUGGAUACACGUGAAAAUAAGGUGGUCUUGUGUUCGCUCACUCCUUGUAAAAACACCUCUAUUUCAGUAGAAUUGAAGUUUUUCUUUCGUUUGUUGUCCAGCUGCUUCUCAGUCUCCCCCUUGCGCGUUGCCAUCUCCGCCUCCAGCUGCCUGUUGCGCACGGCACAUUUUUACCUUAUAUAGGAAAUAAUAGGCGGUGACCUAUGCAAAUUAGGGCUCACAUGCACGGGCAUCGCAGUUGGCAUUCAUCAACGUAAGAACACCGGUGCGAACGAUUAUCGUUACUUAAGAACGUGUCGUGAAUGCGGCGCAGUUUCCAACCCGCGCCUUCUUAAGUACACUUCUUAAGAAGACUUUUAAGAAGAUUUUCGUGAAUGAGGCCCAUUGUCCUGCUGCAGAACCCGAGUUGGUUUCAGCUUGAGGUCACCAACAGAUGGCCGGACAUUCUCCUUUAGCAGAAUUCAUGGUUCCAUUUAUCACAGCAAGUCUUCCAGGUCCUGCAGCAGCAAAACAGCCCCAGACCAUCACACUACCACCACCAUAUUUUACUGUUGGUAUGAUGUUCUUUUUCUGAAAUGCGGUGUUUCUAUUACACACACCGUCCAAAGAGUUCAACUUUUGUCUCGUCAGGCCACAGAGUAUUUUCCCAAAGGUCUUGGGGAUCAUCAAGAUGCUUUAUGGCUAAAUUGUGAUGUGCCUUAAUGUUUUUUUUGUUCAGGGGUGGUUUUCGUCUUGAAACUCAUCUUGGCCGUUUUUGCCCAGUGUCUUUCUUCUUGUUUCGUUCUCAAUGAACCGAUAUCGUCCUUGAAUCGUAUCGGCAACUGUGAAUCAUGAUACAAGUCGUAUUGAUAUUAAAACAAAUUGUUAAACCCCUAAUAUUUUUUCAGUGUGCAGCCGGAGUACCUGGAGACAGUGGCGGAGCCAGAAAUAUUUUUAUCGGGGUGGCCAAUGUGAGACCAUUACUCACAUUGGGGUGGCAAUAAGUUGAUACCUGAAAUGUCUGGAUGGCCAGAGGGGUAGCUCCGCCACUGCCCGGAGAAAACCCACACACGCAUAAGGAGAACAUGCAAACUCCCCACAGAGAUGUCCAACAGACAUUAUUGGCCCAUGGAACACUGAAACAUAUAAUUUAACAAGAAAACUAAGAAAAAAAAAACAAUUCAAUCAAGAGAAAAAAUCAACAAUAAAGUCAAAAUAUAAAAACAAAAAAGUAAUUUAACAAGAAAACACUUUUUGAGAGUAACGUUGUGACCUCAUGAGGAAAAAUAACAUCAUUUUAGUAGCAUGAAAGAUACCAAAAAUAUGUUUUUUUUAAAUCAUAAUAUUAUGAAAAACAAACAAAACAACAAAUAAAGUUAUAAUUUUGGGAAAAUUUGGUUGCGGAAAAUGUUAUAAUGUUACAUUUUAUAUACGUUACAAAUAUCACAAGAAAAAAACUGAAUUCUAACAAGAAAAAAAAGGAGCAAUUUUAUGAGGAUAAAAAAAUAAUGUAGUUUUAGUAGCAUAGAAAUGAAACAUUAAAGAAACUUUUUUUUUUUUAAAGUUGUAAUAUUAUGAGAAACAAAACAAAAUAAAGUUAUAAUUUUUUGGAAAAUUAGGUUGGGAAAGAAGUUUGAAUGUUAUGAGAAUAUUACGAGAAGAACAUUUAUGAAGAUUAUUUAAGAUGAAAGUUCAAAUAUUUCCAACAAAAUGGGGGGAAAAGUUAUUAUAUUCGAAUAAAAUCAAAAUACUAUGAGUAUCAAGUUAUAAUAUUACGAGAAACAAACUUACGACGAUUAUUGAAGAAGAAAGUUGGAGAAACAAAAAAACAAGAACAGCAAAAUUGGGGAAAAAAAAAGAGCAAAGAGCGAAGUUGAUGCUAAUAACAGGCUUUUUCACUGAUAUCACAAAGCUGAGAUGCGUUUUUUUUUUUUGAAAUAUGUAUAACUUCCUCACAUAUUUACACGUGUUGCUUUACAAAAAUGACAAAGUGGCCCUUGCAUCCUUUCAUUUUUCACUACGUGGCCCUCGCUGGAAAAAGGUUUGGACACCCCUGCUCUAGUUUCAGACACAUUCACAUUAAUUUGUGUGAAAAUCUGUCAUAAAAUCAACAGCAUUUGCAAUAAAAAAAACAGUUCAUUGUCCACCGGUCAUAACAGACUCAUUCACCCUACUGAAAAUAUCAAUCAUGACACAUUCCCUCCUGUUUUCUGAAGGGAGGCGUCCCUCACAUAUUACAGUAAUCCUCCAGUGGACCCUUGUUCACUGACAGAACAGUUCCACACCCACUGAAACUACGCCUCCCUUGAGCAUAGAUGUGAUUAAUUACAGUAUUUACUGUAAGUGUGAUAGCACCAUAAAAUAUCAGCACUUUAUAUAUCCUGAUGCAUUGCAUAAGGCGUGGUUUGGAUCGAACUGCUCGUAGAGGAAAUUAUGAUCAGCCUUCUGAAACAGUGACUGACACCGUGCGAGACAAAGACUGCUGACUGAAAGUUUCAAAAAGGAGUUGAAAAGGUCGGUGAGCGUCCCCCCCUCUCAAGACCCGCUAUUGCGAUGAAUGUGCAGGGUGGCGUGGGUGUUUUUCGCAGAAGAGGUAAUACCUCUAUUUCCAUCCUCAGGCAUUCCCACUGUGUUGUGCGUACGCACCUACACUACUUUAUUGCAGGGAAUACGAGCUUCUGACCUCCUGCCACCACCAGCCAUCUCUCACGGUCAUCACGGCCGCCGUUGCGUUCAUUUUCUUAGGCCCCAAAAUGCAUCAUAGAGCUUGUUAACGAAAUUCAUUCUAUAGCGUCCAUCUCUUAGAUGACAUGAGUGGAAACCAAGGGAAGUGUUAAAACAGAAGCCGGAAGUUACCGGUGAUUCAAAAAUGACUAUGAAAUGUUUUUGUGCAGGUGCAGUGUUUUCCCACACGAGACACAGCAGCACCCACUGCUCGUUGAGAAGAGCGAUACAUGCUUUCUUACUGUAUCUCCAAUAAGACCACAAAAAGGUGCUAGAUUUGUUGAGGGGGCUCUGAAUACGCGUAAAAUAUAGUGACGAAGUCCCUAAGUUGGCAACACUGAUCCCUCCUGCUACGUCUUUUUAUUUUAUGGCAGACCAAGUGUGCACACCGCAAAUUAUUUGCCACUUGCCAAGAUUUAAAAUCAUAUUUCUAGACAUGUUAGAUCAUUUCCCUGGUUUUAAGAGCUAUUAACUCAUUGACUUCAUGGUAUUGCCUUAAUUUUAGAAUGAGGGAUUACUUUUGUCUAGUUUAGUUUAGGUCAGAAAUUAAAAUUGAGCAAAUAACUCUCAAAAUAAGUUAUUUUGGUUUUCCCAACGAUUCCACAACAUAGGAUUUUUUAUCAAGUAAAAUGAACUAGCUGCAUACACAGGUACUUUCACUAGUUUUAAGUAUUUUUUUCUAAUAUCUAGUCUGUUUAUCUUAUAUUUGGCAAGCCCUUUUUUGCAUUUAAGAUGGAUUGAAGCUUAUUUCAAGAGCAGCUUUAUUACUUUACACUAGUGUUAGGUGGUACCUCGGGGCGACCGCGGCUCAGGCGGUAGAGGAGGUCGUCCAGAAAAUGGAAGGCUGGUGGUUUGAUCCUUGCUCCCUCCACCCAGUCACCGUCAUUGUGUCCUCCUGCCAUGUCUGUCUCUCGAGACAGAAGGAUGCUGAAGGAGAAUAUACAUCCGAGAGUUUAAAUACAUCAUGCGGCGUACCCCAGGGGUCAAUCUUAGAACCAAAACUGUUCAAUCUAUAUAUAAACGACAUCUGUAAAGUCCCUUAAGCUAGUAUUAUUUGCAGACGAUACAACCGCAUUCUGUUCUGGAGACAGCACACGAGCGCUAGUCAAAAAAAAAAAAUCACUAAAAUGAUGGUUUGAUAAAAACAGACUAUCCCUGAACCUAAGUAAAACUAAAGUAAUGCUAUUUGGUAAGUGCAAAAAGUUCACUGAUAUCACCAUAUAUAACUUAUGGUGCGGACUUAUGGGGUAAUAAUUCUAAAAGUGCACUUCACUCACUAAGUGUGCUCCAAAAAAGCUCACUUAGGAUAAUCCAUAAUGCCGCUUACGGAGAACACACAAACCCUUUAUUUAUAAAUCACAACUAUUCAAAUUUAGGGGGAAAAAAGUCAACCUAAAACACUUACAUGCACGGACAACACUAAAAACCUUCAGCAUUUCUUUAUGUGGAAUCAAGUUGUGUAACGGAUCGAGUAAGGAACUCAAACAAUGCAGUAUACUGUAUCUAACCACUACUACACAGACUACUAACUCUUCAUUCUGGUGAGUACAUGGUCUGUACUCACUCAUGAUCACUCACGAUUCCGUCAAGCAUUUUAUCAGUUAUUAUCAUUAGGUCUGUAGUUUCCUGUCAGGAAGUACAAACCUGGUUUUUCAAAUAUAUAUUAAUUAAUAAAUCAUGCUGUUUCGUGGUUGAGUACAGCCUAUUGGUCAAAAAUGAUGCAUAUCUAAGCAAAUGCUACAUAUUUUUUGCCUAAAAGAAAGCAUAAAAAAUGGUUAAAUGUACUAAAAUACAAAUAUAAGGCAUUCAGAAGGUGCAUUCAAAGAUGUUGUGAUGUUAUGUAGUAUUCUACACUGGUCACUAGGUGUCAGUAAUGUUACAUUAACGUCCGGUAAGACACACAAGCACCAGACUUGAACGCUGGAACGACAGGCUUUUAUUGCAGGUUUGAAGUAUCUCACAGCAACCUUGGUUAAUGUCAUUAAUCCGUUCCAGAUGGUCCGACUCAAACCAAAACCGACUCUAACCAAAGCAAAUUUUCCCAAAGAAAAUAAUGUAAAUCCAAUUAAUCUGUUCCGGACACCCAAACAUUUGAACACAAAACACAUUUUAUAGACAAUAAUUAUAGUUUUACAUGCAGAAAAUAAUGCAAAAAUAAUUACAAAUGACAAAUGAAUGGACAACUGAACAUUAACAUCACUUUUACCUAGUUUUGCAACGUGGGGGAGGAGGAGAGGAGAUUAUGCUUGAAGGGUAAUCCCUUUUUUUGACAAUGAAUGCACUCAUGGGGCAGCAAAAGGCUUUUAAAAAAAAUAAAAAAAGAAGUACCUCACAACAGGCACAAUAAUCCCUAACAGGGGCUACUGUUGCGCCCGUAACCCACACUAAGCUAAAACUCAACUCCCUCGACGUCACUUCCUGUCCGCCCGCCACUCAAGUCCCCGAACACCGGAAAACAUUUACAGCACAAGUCUUAUUUAUGUCUUAUUUUCUGUUAUUCUGUCCACUAUAUUGGGCAAUACGAGUGUAAAGGUUACUAUAGGGGUGUUAUUUCAUGUCAAGAGGGCUCUAAUGUUAAAAAAAAAAUGUUCUAUGCUCUAAGUAUUUGAUUUAUAAAUAAAUAAUCCUACUUUACGGAAAUUCACGUAUCACGGUCGGGUCUGGAACCAAUUAACCGCAAUGAAAGAGGGAUAACACAAUUCCACAAUAUACAGUAGGUCUUUUGGGGGUUAUUUUUUCUACCAACAGUAGCAUCAGUAUCGGAAUGAUGUUUUUAUUUAUUUUGAGAAAUAUCUCUCUUUUUUGUUGUGUUGUUCAUUGUGUUACAUUGAUGGUAUUGUUUUGUUUUUUUUUACCUACUCAGGGAAUAAAUUAUUGGACACAGGAGGGCUUUGGGGGCAAAAAGUCAAAGGUUCUGAAUGAGAAACAAUAGUAGUUUUUGCUUUUGUUUACUUAUUUUGCAGUGUGUACUCUCAAACAAUUGUAUGUAA